GGCGCAGUGCUGCUUCUGAGAUGGAGAAGAGGGAGAGAAUAACAAACCGAGCCGUGCCCGAGUCUCCGUGCCAGCCGAGAGCGCAGAGUUUGAGGAUUACGGGGUCGGGAGUCUAAGGAGAGGCGUGUUGGUGUUGGUGUUGGUGUUCGGGUCAUGGCGGCUCAUAAACCUGCAGAAUGGGUUCAGGCCGUUAUUAACAGAUUCGACGAGCAGCUUCCUGUCAAAGCCGGGCAACAGAGCACGCAUACCAAAGUCAGCUCGGAGCACAACAGAGAAUGUCUGAUCAACAUCUCCAAGUACAAGUUCUCGCUGGUCAUCAGCGGCCUCACCAACAUCCUGAAGAACGUGAACAAUAUGAGGAUUUUUGGCGAAGCUGCAGAGAAGAACCUCUAUCUGUCUCAGCUCAUCAUCUUGGGCACUCUGGAGAAGUGCCUCGCAGGGCAACCGAAGGACUCUAUGCGUCUCGACGAGACGAUGCUGGUGAAGCAGCUCCUGCCAGAGAUAUGUCACUUCAUCCACACCUACAGAGAGGGGAACCAGUACGCCGCCGAGCUGCGCAGCUCCGCCUCCGGGGUUCUGUUCUCGCUCAGUUGCAACAACUUCAACGCUGUCUUCAGCCGCAUCUCCACCCGGUUACAGGAGCUGACGGUGUGUUCAGAAGACACGGUGGACGUCCAAGAUAUUGAGCUCAUCCGCUACAUUAACGUGGACUGCUCCAAACUCAAAAGACUCCUGCAAGAAACAGUAUUUAAAUUUAAAACUUUGAAGAAGCCUGCGCAGUUGAGUGUCAUCUCCAGUCUAGAGAAGGCAUUCUGGAAUUGGGUGGAGAAUUACCCAGACGAGCUCACUACGCUGUACCAGCGACCGCAGACAGACAUGGCUGACUGUGCAGAGAAGCUCUUUGACCUGGUGGACAGUUUUGCUGAUAGCGUAAAGAGGAAGGCAGCGGUGUGGCCGCUGCAAAUCAUCCUCCUCAUCCUCUGUCCCAACAUCAUACAAGAGAUAUCACGUGAGCCGCUGGAGGAGAGCAAGGUCAACAAGAAACUGUUUAUCGAGAGUCUGAGGAAAGCUCUGGCUGGACACGGGGGCAGCAAGCAGCUGACGGAGAGCGCAGCCAUCGCCAGCGUCAAACUGUGUAAAGCCUCCACCUACGUCAACUGGGAGGAUCACUCGGUCAUCUUCCUCCUUGUGCAGGCCAUCAUGGUGGAUCUGAAGGCUCUGCUGUUCAACCCCGCUAAGCCGUUCUCACGUGGCGCGGGCUGUCAGAGCGCAGACCUGGACCUGAUGAUCGAAUGCUUCGUCUCCUGCUUUCGCAUCAACCCGCACAAUAACCAGCAGUUUAAAGUCUGCUUGGCUUCAUCUUCACCAUCUACCUUCCACUUUGUCUUGGUGAACUCCCUGCACAGAAUCAUCACUAAUUCCACGCUCGACUGGUGGCCAAAGAUCGACGCCGUGUACUGUUACUCAGGCGAGCUGCGCCUCAUGUUUGCUGAGACGCUGGGCUGCAGUCCACUGCGCAUGACGAGUUUGUCGUUUAAAGAGAAGGUGACCAGUCUGAAGUUUAAAGAGAAGACCACUGACCUGGACACCAGGAGUCAUAAGUAUCUACUGCUGGCUCUGGUGAAGCUCAUCCACGGCGACCCCAAGCUCCUGCUGCACAACCCAGGAAAGCCUGGUCAGGAGAUCCAGAGCAGCACAGCCGAGCUCAUUAGAGGGCUCAUGCAGCUGGUGCCCCUCGCCAACCUGGGCGAGAUUUCCCAGGAGGCCAUGGAGGCUUUGUUGGUCCUGCAUCAGCCAGAAAUCAUCGAGCUGUGGAAUCCCAACGCCCCUAUGGAGACCUUCUGGGACAUCAGCUCCCAGGUGCUUUACUCCAUCUGCUCGAACCUCAUCGGCCACCAGCAGAUCAACAGCACCGAGAUUCUCAAGUGGCUCCGAGAGAUCCUCAUCUGCAGGAACAAGUUUCUCCUCCAGAACAAAGAGCGUGCAGCGACAGGCAGCAGCGUCCCCAUGUGCAGGCAGGCCCAUGCCAAGCUGGAGGUGUGUCUCUACAUGUUCCUUUGGAGCCCAGACAUGGAGGCCGUCCUGGUGGCCAUAUCGUGUUUCAGACACCUGUGCGAGGAGGCCGAUAUCCGCUGCGGCGUGGACGAGGUGCCCGUGCAGACCAUCCUUCCCAACUACAACACCUUCAUGGAGUUCGCAUCCGUCAGCCACAUGAUGGCCACAGGUCGCUCUGCCUUACAGAAGAGAGUAAUGGCUUUGCUGAGGAGGAUUGAGCAUCCCACACCUGGCAACACCAAGGCCUGGGAGGACACUCACUCGAAGUGGGAGCAUGCCACCAAGUUAAUCCUGAACCACCCAAAAACAAAGUUAGAAGACUGUCAGGAAUGGAUCAACAUGACCGGUUUCCUGUGCGCACUCGGCGGUGUGUGCUUGCAGCAAAGGAACCCCCCGGGGCCGAUCACCUACAGCCCCCCGAUGGGUCCGCUGAGCGAGAGGAAGUGCUCCAUGGUGUCCAUGGGCUCGUGCGAGGGCAACCCCGAGACACCGCUCAGUAAAUUCCUGGACCGGCUGCUCUCGCUCAUGGUGUGCACCCACGAAAAGGGCAUGCAGAUCCGCAACAACGUCAAGGACCUGGUGGGCCUGGAGCUGAGCCCGGCUCUCUACCCCAUGCUCUUCAACAAGCUUAAGAACAGCAUCAGCCGCUUCUUCGACGCACAAGGACCGGUGCCAAUCAACGAGACAAACACACAGUUUGUGGAGCAGACCAUCGCCAUAAUGAAGAACCUGUUAGACAACCACACAGAAGGUAGCUCUGAACAUCUGGGCCAGGCCAGCAUCGAGACCAUGAUGCUCAACCUGGUCAGGUACGUGCGUAUUCUAGGCAACGCGAUCCAUGCCAUACAGAUUAAAACCAAGCUGUGCCAGCUGGUGGAGGUGAUGAUGAAGCGCAGAGAUGAUCUGUCCUUCUGCCAGGAGAUGAAGUUCAGAAAUAAGAUGGUGGAGUAUCUGACAGACUGGGUGAUGGGAACCUCCAACCAAGCAGCUGACGAUGACGUCAAGUGUCUGACGAGGGAUCUGGACCAGGCGAGUAUGGAGGCUGUGGUAUCUCUGCUGGCCGGGUUACCACUCCAACCGGAGGAAGGAGACGGGGUGGAGCUCAUGGAGGCCAAGUCUCAGCUCUUCCUUAAGUACUUCACACUCUUUAUGAACCUGCUGAACGACUGCAGCGAGCCAGAGGACGACGGGCAGCAGGUGGCUGGACGUAAGCGCGGUAUGUCGAGGCGCUUGGCAUCUCUGCGCCACUGCACGAUCCUGGCCAUGUCCAACCUGCUCAACGCGAACGUGGACAGCGGCCUCAUGCACUCCAUCGGUUUGGGCUACCACAAGGACCUGCAGACCCGCGCCACCUUCAUGGAGGUCCUCACCAAGAUCCUGCAGCAGGGCACCGAGUUCGACACGCUGGCCGAGACGGUGCUGGCCGACCGCUUCGAGAGGCUCGUCGAGCUCGUCACCAUGAUGGGCGAUCAGGGGGAGCUUCCUAUCGCCAUGGCGCUCGCCAACGUCGUGCCUUGUUCUCAGUGGGACGAGUUGGCUCGGGUUCUGGUCACGCUGUUUGACUCGCGCCACCUCCUCUACCAGCUGCUGUGGAACAUGUUCUCUAAGGAGGUUGAGCUUGCCGACUCCAUGCAAACGCUUUUCAGAGGGAACAGCCUAGCCAGUAAAAUCAUGACCUUUUGUUUCAAGGUUUAUGGUGCGACGUAUCUGCAGAAGCUUCUGGAGCCCCUCCUUCGUGGAGUCAUAACGUCUCCUGAGUUGCAGAUGAUCAGUUUCGAGGUGGAUCCCACCAGACUGGACCACAGUGAAGUGUUGGAGGAAAACCAGCACAACCUGCUGAGCAUGACCAACCGCUUCUUCCUGGCCAUCAUUAACUCCUCGAGCGAUUUCCCCCCACAGCUAAGGAGCGUGUGCCACUGCCUGUUCCAGGCUACUUGCUACUCUCUACUGAAUAAAGCCACAGUUAAAGAGAAAAAGGAAAAUAAAAAAUCAGUAGUGAGUCAGCGCUUCCCUCAGAACAGCAUCGGCGCCGUGGGCAGCGCCAUGUUCCUGCGCUUCAUCAACCCCGCCAUCGUGUCCCCCUAUGAGGCCGGCAUCCUGGAUAAGAAGCCUCUCCUGAGAAUAGAGCGGGGACUCAAACUCAUGUCCAAGAUCCUGCAGAGCAUCGCCAACCACGUGCUGUUCACAAAGGAGGAACACAUGAGACCUUUCAACGACUACGUGAAGGGCAAUUUCGAAGCAGCCAGAAAAUUUUUCUUGGACAUUGCAUCUGAUUGCCCUGCUAGCGACUCGGUGAACCACAGCCUGUCAUUCAUCAGUGACGGAAACGUGCUGGCUCUGCACCGGCUGCUGUGGAACAACCAGGAGAAGAUCGGCCAGUACCUCUCCAGCAACAGGGAUCAUAAAGCGGUGGGUCGACGUCCCUUUGACAAGAUGGCGACUCUCCUGGCCUACCUCGGACCUCCUGAACACAAACCCGUAGCUGACGCACACUGGUCCAGCCUGAAUCUCACCAGCUCCAAGUUUGAGGAGUUCAUGACCAGGCACCAGGUCCAUGAAAAAGAAGAGUUUAAAGCGUUGAAAACCCUCAACAUUUUCUACCAGGCAGGAACAUCCAAGAACGGCAACCCCGUCUUCUACUACAUCACCCGCAGAUUCAAAACUGGCCAGAUUAAUGGAGACCUGCUUAUCUACCAUGUGCUGCUCACCCUCAAGCCUUACUACGCCAAACCGUAUGAGAUAGUAGUAGACCUGACCCACGCUGGUCCCAGCAACCGCUUCAAGACCGACUUCCUCUCCAAAUGGUUUGUUGUUUUCCCCGGGUUUGCUUACGAGAAUGUAGCAGCCAUCUACAUCUACAACUGUAACACGUGGGUGCGGGAGUACACAAAGUACCACGAGAGGCUCCUCACCGGCCUGAAGGGCAGUAAAAAGCUGCUUUUCAUCGAUUCGCCAUCGAGGCUAGCUGAGCAUGUUGAGCUGGAGCAGCAGAAGCUUCCAGCUGCCACGUUGAGCCUGGAGGAGGAUCUCAAGGUGUUUCAUAAUGCCCUCAAACUGGCUCACAAGGACACCAAGGUGUCAGUCAAGGUAGGCUCCAGUGCCGUCCAGGUGACCUCUGCCGACCGUACCCGGGUCUUGGGUCAGUACGUGAUCCUCAACGAUAUUUAUUACGCCUCGGAGAUCGAGGAGAUCUGCCUGGUGGACGAGAACCAGUUCACGCUGACCAUCGCCAACCAGGGAACGCCGCUCACUUUCAUGCACCAGGAGUGCGAGGCUAUAGUGCACUCCAUCAUCCACAUCCGCACGCGCUGGGAGCUCUCUCAGCCCGACUCCAUCCCACAGCACACCAAGAUCAGACCCAAGGACGUGCCUGGGACGUUGUUCAACAUCGCCCUCCUCAAUCUGGGCAGCUCUGACCCUAGUCUCAGGUCAGCAGCCUAUAAUCUCCUAUGCGCUUUAACCUGCACCUUCAAUUUGAAGAUCGAGGGCCAGCUCCUGGAGACGGCGGGUCUGUGCAUCCCAGCCAACAACACCCUCUUCAUCGUCUCCAUCAGCAAGACUCUGGCAGCCAACGAGCCCCACCUCACGCUGGAGUUCCUCGAGGAGUGUAUCUCCGGCUUCAGCAAGUCCAGCAUCGAGUUAAAACACCUCUGUCUGGAGUACAUGACUCCCUGGCUGCUCAACCUGGUGCGCUUCUGCAAGCAUGGUGACGAUGCCAAGCGCCAGAGGGUCACCGCCAUCCUGGACAAGCUCAUCACCAUGACCAUCAACGAGAAGCAGAUGUACCCGUCCAUCCAGGCCAAGAUCUGGGGCAGCCUGGGCCAAAUCACAGACCUGCUGGAUGUGGUAUUGGACAGCUUCAUUAAGACCAGUGCUACAGGGGGACUGGGAUCUAUCAAAGCCGAGGUGAUGGCGGACACCGCUGUGGCUCUGGCCUCUGGCAAUGUUAAACUGGUGUCUAGCAAGGUCAUUAUCCGCAUGUGUAAGAUCAUCGAUAAGACGUGCCUGUCUCCGACGCCAACGCUGGAGCAGCACCUGAUGUGGGACGACAUCGCCAUCCUGGCGCGCUACAUGCUCAUGCUGUCUUUCAACAACCUGCUGGACGUGGCGGCUCACCUGCCCUACCUGUUUCACGUGGUGACGCUGCUGGUGGCCACAGGGCCGCUCUCGCUGCGCGCCUCCACCCACGGCCUCGUCAUCAACAUCAUCCACUCGCUCUGCACCUGCUCGCAGCUCAACUUCAGCGAAGAGACCAAGCAGGUGCUGAGGCUGAGUCUGACCGAAUUCUCGCUGCCCAAAUUCUACCUGCUGUUCGGAAUCAGCAAAGUCAAGUCUGCGGCCGUCAUAGCUUUCCGCUCUAGCUACAGGGAUCGCUCCUUCUCGCCGGGGUCGUACGAGAGAGAGACCUUCGCCCUGUCCUCGCUGGAGACGGUGACCGAGGCUCUGCUGGAGAUCAUGGAGGCUUGCAUGAGGGACAUCUCAGAGUGUAAAUGGCUUGAUCAGUGGACCGAAUUGGCUCAGAAGUUCGCCUUUCAGUACAACCCUUCUCUCCAGCCCAGGGCUCUGGUGGUUUUCGGCUGCAUCAGCAAGCGCAUCACCCACGGGCAAAUCAAACAGAUCAUCCGCAUCCUCAGCAAGGGCCUGGAGAGCUGCUUGAAGGGGCCGGACAGUUACAACAGCCAGGUGCUAAUUGAGGCCACAGUCAUCGCUCUCACCAAACUACAACCCCUGCUGACCAAGGACUCGCCCAUGCACAAAGCCCUGUUCUGGGUGGCCGUAGCCGUCCUGCAGCUGGACGAGGUGAACCUGUACUCGGCCGGCACGGCCCUGCUGGAGCAGAACCUACACACGCUGGACAGCAUGCACGUCUUCAACGACAAGAGUCCUGAGGAGGUGUUUAUGGAGACCAGAAAUCCUCUGGAGUGGCACUGCAAGCAGAUGGACCACUUUGUCGGCCUCAACUUUAACUCCAACUUCAACUUUGCGCUUGUGGGUCAUCUGCUUAAAGGGUACAGGCAUCCUUCGGCCAACACCGUGGCACGGACAGUGCGCAUCCUGCACAUGCUUCUCAGCCUGGUCGGGAAACAUCUCAACUGUGACAAGUUUGAAGUCAACACACAGAGCGUGGCUUACUUGGCUGCUCUGCUCACCGUGUCGGAGGAAGUGCGCAGCCGGUGCAGUCUGAAACACAGGAAGUCUCUGCUACUCUCUGAUGUUGCCAUGGAGAACGUUCCUAUGGAGACGUACUCGGUGCAGAUCAGCGACCCUAGUUGCAGGACGCUGAGAGAGAACCAUCCAUGGGCGUCUCCUAAAGUGUCAGAAAUCAGCUCGCGGACACGGAAAUCCAUGAGCCUGGACAUGGGACAGGCGUCUCAGGCCAACACCAAAAAGCUUUUGGGGACGAGAAAAAGCUUCGACCACUUGAUGUCAGACACUAAAGCCCCAAAGAGGCCGGAGAUGGAGUCUGGCAUCACCACACCUCCGAAGAUGAGAAGGGUAGCUGAGAAUGACUACGAAAUAGAAGCCCAAAGAAUCUCUCAGCAGCACCACCACCUGAGGAAGGUGUCCCUGUCCGAGUCGAACGUCCUGCUGGACGAGGAGGUCCUCACCGACACCAAGAUCCAGGCCCUUCUCCUCACCGUGCUGGCAACUCAGGUCAAGAACACGACGGAUGAGUUCGACCAGAGGAUUCUUUACGAGUUUUUAGCCGAGGCCAGCGUCGUCUUUCCGAAAGUCUUUCCUGUCGUUCACAACCUCUUGGACUCGAAGAUCAAUACACUGCUGUCCAUGUGCCAGGACCCGAACCUGCUGAACCCCGUGCAUGGCAUCGUGCAGAGCGUAGUGUAUCACGAGGAGUCGCCACCGCAGUACCAGCCCUCAUAUCUUCAAAGUUUCGGGUUUAAUGGACUCUGGAGAUUCGCCGGGCCUUUUUCGAAGCAAAACCAGAUCCCUGACUACGCUGAGCUGAUCGUCAAGUUCCUGGACGCUCUGAUCGACACCUAUCUGCCCGGGAUUGAUGAGGAAGGCAGCGAAGAGGCGCUGAGGACACCCACGUCUCCGUAUCCUCCUCUGGCCCAGAGCCAGCUCAGCAUCACUGCAAACCUCAACCUCUCCAACUCCAUGACCUCUCUGGCAACCUCUCAGCACUCGGCAGGUGUCGAUAAGGAGAACGUAGAGCUGUCCCCGAGUGCCGCGGUUCCCACCAGCGGACGUGCGCGACACGGCUCAGCCAGCCACGUCCAGAAGCAGCGCAGCGCCGGAAGCUUCAAGAGGUCCAGCAUUAAGAAGAUCGUAUGAAAACAGCGCCCUCUUCUGUCCCUCACACACACACGCACACACACACACACACACACACACACACACACACACACCAUGCUGCAUUUCUACUCACAUCCUCCUUCCUUGUUCUCUUCUUAGAUUUUAUUUUUAACAAAAAAUUAAUAAUAAGAAUUUUUUUAGGCCGUACUUUGCCUGGCGAUCAAAGAAAAACAGGAACGUAGAACUAAUGGGAAACAAGUUCUCAAAUGUUUGGGAACCAGUCAGUGUUUGCGGAGAACUAUUGACGUUCAUAUUGGCACUCGAUUUUUUUAUUUUUUCUUGUAUGCACCGUGACAGCUCUUUAUUUUUAUUCCAAACCGAGUGGAAAGGACUGAAAUGUACCAUUCCAGACUGCAGUGGGUCUUUUCUAAGCAAGUUUUGAAUGCGUUUUUAAAGGAAAUUUUAAUGGAAAGCACUAACCAAGUUGCUCUUUCAUGUUAUCCCUGUAACAUUUCUUGUUUUUGUUUUUUCCACUGCGUUUAUAUCUGCACUUGUUCUGUUUUUCAUAUACGGUGUCUUGUUAAGGGGCCAAGAAGACUCAUUACAUUACAGAAUACAAAAAUCUGAGGAUACAGUGAUUCCAGGCUCACACAAACUAAACACUAUUAAACUUAAAGACACUUUGGACCAGUUUCACAUGGUCUUCAACAAUCUUUAACGAGUUUGUAUGAUUCUGUGCGCUCUAGUCUCAGACUAGACUAGUGGUGGCAGGCCUGGAACCCCAUGUGGUCUCCUGCUGAUCCAGCACAGUGUGUUGUAUGUUUUGAGAUGCUUUUCUGCUCACCACAGUUGUAAAGAGUGAUCAGCACCAGAUUUAUAUGUCCAUAUACAUGAUGAUCUUUCUCAGUUCACUAUAUACAGUAACAUCCCAAAUAAUUCACAUCAACGUCAGACUGAACAGCAAUGAAUCUGAAUCGAACCGUUUUUAUUCGCAUCCGUUAAUUUUAUCCGUGAAAUGAAGGUCAUGUUCACCAACAAUUGUUGUUGUUUUUUUGUUUGUUUACUGCAAGGCCAAGUAGUUAUUUCUGUUCUUACAGAACAAAACACCAAUACGGCAACGAUCGGUAUCAGGGAUCAGCCGAAACCCAGAGCACUAGUGUCGCUACUGCGUUAUAUAAAGAUGUGUCGUAUUGUAUUGGAAAAGGGAAACUUAACAUUAUUUGAUGUGGACGCAACAAAUCAAAAUGGUACUCGGAUGAUUGUUUACACUGAUUCUAUACUUGAAUCCGCAAAGAAAUUGCGGAGCGUUUUUCCUCUUGAAAAGAUGAACAUGAAGGAAUAUGAUCCUAACAGGCGGCUGUGAGGAUUUUUAGAAAACCAAAGUCUAGGAUAAUGGUGCAAUAUACAGUAGCUGAAUCCAAGGACAUUUAACAACGAUGCAAGUUUAUCAAGCAUAGCCUUUGUGCAAUCAAUGAGCAUUCGGUAAAUGUGUGUGAGCUGAGAUGGGCUAGGUUCACAUUACCAUCCAUUAUUGACUCAAAUCUGAUAUAUAUAUACAGUAUAUAUAUAUAUAUA